ACUUUGGCCUUUCUGAUAGGAGAGCUUCUGUUUUGCUUCCACAUCCUACUUUACUCCAGCUAAUCUGCUAAUGCAGUGAAUUGGAAGACAACUGUUACCAGGAUAACCUGUAAUGGGCAAGGAGCCACAGAGAAGAAAACAUUUCUUUUAAUUUUUAAACUUGGUUGAAAGACCAGCAUGUUUUGGAAAUUUGAUCUUCAUUCAUCAUCCCACAUAGACACACUUCUAGAAAGAGAAGAUGUAACACUGAAGGAGUUAAUGGAUGAGGAAGAUGUUUUACAGGAAUGUAAAGCUCAGAACCGCAAACUUAUAGAGUUUCUGUUAAAAGCAGAAUGUCUCGAAGAUUUAGUCUCAUUCAUUAUAGAAGAACCACCUCAAGACAUGGAUGAAAAGAUCAGAUACAAGUACCCAAAUAUAUCUUGUGAGUUGCUCACUUCUGAUGUCUCCCAGAUGAACGAUAGGCUGGGAGAAGACGAGUCCUUGCUCAUGAGGUUAUAUAGCUUCCUCCUAAACGACUCCCCCUUGAACCCGCUACUUGCCAGUUUCUUCAGCAAGGUGCUCAGUAUUCUCAUCAGCAGAAAACCAGAACAGAUUGUGGAUUUCUUAAAGAAGAAACGUGAUUUUGUAGACCUUAUAAUAAAGCACAUAGGAACUUCGGCCAUCAUGGAUUUAUUGCUCAGGCUCCUGACGUGCAUCGAGCCUCCGCAGCCCAGGCAAGAUGUGCUGAAUUGGUUAAAUGAGGAGCAAAUUAUCCAGAGACUUGUGGAAAUAGUUCAUCCAUCGCAGGAAGAAGAUCGGCAUUCAAAUGCUUCACAGUCACUUUGUGAAAUUGUUCGCCUGAGCAGAGACCAGAUGUUACAAAUUCAGAACAGUACAGAACCAGAUCCCCUGCUUGCCACUCUAGAAAAGCAAGAAAUUAUAGAGCAGCUUCUAUCAAAUAUUUUCCACAAGGAGAAAAAUGAAUCCGCCAUAGUCAGUGCAAUCCAGAUACUGCUGACUUUACUUGAGACACGGCGGCCCACAUUUGAAGGCCAUAUAGAGAUCUGCCCGCCAGGCAUGAGUCAUUCGGCUUGUUCGGUCAACAAGAGUGUUUUAGAAGCUAUCCGAGGAAGACUUGGAUCUUUCCAUGAACUCCUGCUUGAGCCACCCAAGAAAAGUGUGAUGAAGACUACGUGGGGUGUGCUGGACCCUCCGGUGGGCAAUACCCGAUUGAAUGUCAUCAGGUUGAUAUCCAGCCUCCUUCAGACAAACACCAGCAGUAUCAAUGAGGACCUCAUGGAGCUGAAUAGCAUUGGGGUCAUAUUGGUAAGGUUUCCCCCAAAAGGUCAUUUAAUUUGCCCGUGA